UAGGCUACAGUGCUACACUGUCAAGCCCUGUAUGGCCACUGUUCCUCUGCGGCUUCCGUAGACUACAUUGAAAACAAAAUGGCUGCCCCUGUUGACAACGCUUUAAUUGAAAGGGAUUUGCCUGCAGCUGUACAGCUGCUGAGGAAUCUCACAGAACAGGUGGCCUCAGUUACGAGUCAUGUCCGUGACCUGAUAACAAAAGUCAAAGAUGGGGCGUUUAAGACAUCAAAGGGUUUGUCAUUCUUGGACCUUCGGUACCACCUGCUGCUUUUUUACCUUCAAGAUCUCACUCACCUGAUCAGCAUCAAAACAGAAGGAGGCAAAAUAAAAGACAGUGAAGCCUUGAAUAGACUGGUGACAGUCAGAACGGUCCUGGAGAAGAUGCGACCGAUAGACCACAAACUUAAGUACCAGAUUGAUAAACUGGUGCGCACGGCUGUCACCGGCAGUUUAGCUGAGAAUGACCCCCUGCAGCUGCGUCCUAACCCUGAAAAUCUCAUCAGUAAAUUGAGUGAAUCCGAGGAGUCUGAAGGUGAAGCCGAGAAUAAGACGGAGAAGAAAGCAGCCCACUCUAGUGGCAGGAAAUAUGUACCGCCGAAGAUUGUCCCAGUACAUUAUGACGGGGACAUGACAGAAGCAGACAAGAAGAAGGCUCAGUCUGAGCGCCAGCGGCGAGCUGCCCUCAGGAGCUCUGUGAUCCAGGAGCUGAGACAGCAGUACAGCGACGCUCCGGAGGAGAUCCGGGACAGACGGGACUUCCAGAGCGAGCGGGAGAGCCGCGAGGAGCUACACAGGAAAAAUUAUGAAGAGUCCAUGAUGGUGCGUCUCAACAUGCCACAACGGCAGAAGAAUGCCAGAAAGAGAGGCGCAAUGUCCAUGACCGGCCAGCUGAGCGGCAUCACUCACUUCAGUGACAUCACCGCACUGACCGGCGGCGAGGGGGGCCAGGAUGGGGAGAAUUCUCGUCCCAAGAAAAAGAAGAAACUCAUGAAGAAAAAAACGAAAAGAAGAGCCUUUAAGAAGCACCGAUAAGACGACCCAAACACGUGUCCAAUGAUGUUAGAAGACCAAAUUACAUGAGGAUGUCUUAACAGCUGUCAUUUCAGGUUAUACUUCUGAGUUUAGCUGAUUCUGUAGUAAUUGCCCACCACCUCUGCAUAGUGUAUCAAGUUGUGGAAUAAACGUUUACUGUUGACUCCUGUA